AUCGACAGUUUAAUUUAGCAAACUCAAAUCAAAACUAUCAAACAAAAAUGUACUCCAAGGUACUUUGCUUAGCCGCCCUUGUCGCCGCUGUAGUCGCGUAUGAUUACCACCAUGCUCCUGCAUACUCUUCUCAACACAUCUCUCGCCACGAUUAUGGUUAUGGACAUGGAUAUGGUCAUGACUAUGACUACUAUGCCCACCCCAAAUAUCAAUUUGACUACAAAGUAGAAGACCAUCACACCGGCGACAUCAAGUCUCAGCACGAGAGUCGCGACGGUGAUGUCGUAAAGGGCUACUACGGUCUUCACCAGCCCGACGGCAACGAAAGACAAGUGCACUACCAUGGCGACGGACACACUGGAUUCCAUGCUGAUGUAAAAUACAACGUGCAUCACAUUGCUCCCCAUAAACAUUAUUAUGUACCCGGUAUGCCCGUCGCCAUGGUAGUGCACUUGUCUUUCGUUGCCGUCGGGCUGGUGGAGAGCGUAGUAGCCCUUUACGACAUCACCGUCGCGACUCUCGUGCUGAGACUUGAUGUCGCCGGUGUGAUGGUCUUCUACUUUGUAGUCAAACUGAUAUUUGGGGUGGGCCUGCAAUUGGCAUUAUUAUUUAUAAGCUGUGGCUCGCUUGAUUCAAAACUAAAACGUAUCAGUUCACUGCUUGACUUUGUACCCUCAACGGAAAAUAAUCAAUCCAAAAUGUACUCCAAGGUGCUUUGUUUAGCCGCCCUUGUCGCCGCCGUAGUCGCGUAUGAUUACCACCAUGCUCCUGCAUACUCUUCUCAACACAUCUCUCGCCACGAUUAUGGUUAUGGACAUGGAUAUGGUCAUGAUCAUGACUACUAUGCCCACCCUAAAUAUCAAUUUGACUACAAAGUAGAAGACCAUCACACCGGCGACAUUAAGUCUCAGCACGAGAGUCGCGACGGUGAUGUCGUAAAGGGCUACUACGGUCUCCACCAGCCCGACGGCAACGAAAGACAAGUGCACUACCAUGGCGACGGGCAUACCGGAUUCCACGCUGAUGUCAAAUACAACGUGCAUCACGUCGCUCCUAAACAUUACUAUUAUUGAGUAUUUGUUAGCCGCACAUUGUUGUUCAA